ACAUAAUCCUAACUUUUAGUAAAUGUGGAAAGUCUCGUUAUACAUAAUUACGCAUUUUGUUUCAGUUGUUCAAUUCUCCGCUGCGUCCCGCUAAGCUUGCCUACCGUACCCUAUCGUAAACGUAAACAAAACACAUUCCCCUUUCCGACCUCUAGAUGCUCUUGGGCCACAAAAAACGUCAACUCCCAAUUCGACCCAUUCCCUCAGCAAACGUUACCACCCUCUUCACAUACAACAAACAACAAUGAUUCGGAGACCACCAACUGCUAUUCAAGUGACGGCUGAAGAUGUGCUUGCCUACGAUGAUGAAAAGAUGAAGGAGAAACGAAGUCUUGCUGGACACGGUGCCGAACAUACAAGCCGUGCAUCCAAUGUCUCUAGCGAAUUGACAUCUUCAUCUAAGCACGCCAGCAAGGAGUCACGGAUAGGUAUUAACAAUGUGCUCCGGGGAGCUGGCAGUGGAAACUAGUACAAAUGUGAAGGAUCUACUACUCUCACUUCAAGGACAAUGUCGAGUAGCCAAAGAGCAAAAGUCCGUGGUCGAGAUGUAUGUCUCAUAUGUACAGUUUACGAGAUAACUCGUAUUUUAUGACCAAUAAAAUAUCAACGUUAGAUAACCACA